UCCUGGAAUCUCGUUUGCCCAAUAUGCCCGCCAUUCGACGCGGGAGCACAUACCUCGACGUCUCCACGACAGCGCACACGCCCGAAGGCCGUCUAAAGCUUGAUAAAAUCAGCGCUAGUCGCAAACUUGCGCAAUAUCACGCUGUCUGCACCGCUUUGUUAUUCAUUUGCGAUGAAAAUCGUAAUCUUGGUCCCGCAGAUACAUUGAGUGUAUCUCUUGAGGAAUUAAAGACUACGAUGAAACGUCGUGCAAGCGCUGCUGACUUGAAAGUAGGCUCUUGCCAGCAUGGCCACUUGCGGCGGGUGCUCUCAUUCUUCUGGGAGCAUGGGCACAUCGACUUGACCUUUGCCCAUAAUGGCCGUCAGCGGAAUGUGGUUCAACAAAUAGAAAUUCAGUCUAGCUUCUACGACAUUUAUCGCGGCUUUCAAGAAGUCCUGGACGGAUAUGGAACAUUAUCAGCUCGGGAAAAAUACCGCGCAUAUAUGUCGCUUGCAACCAAGGUGUUUGGAAAGGAUCGAACUCCGACUCUGCUCCAGGCAGCUAGAUGUGCUUUCCAAUAUUCCAGAAAAUAUCAAGAUUUGGUAUCCUCUUUAAGUCAAGAAAGAGAUGGUGCUAAUUGCCAGGCAAAUACUGUCGCGGACGACAAAGUUGACGAAGAUGAUGAUUCGAUGGACUUAAUGCAGUCCGAAGAAUUCCAUGACACUCGGGUUGUUCCCUUCACACCUGCUCGCACGCUGAGCUAUAGCCACAGUAAUAGAAAUAUUGGACUCCCCACACCCGAGUCAUUGCCUCGGCGACCAGUGGUUGCGUCACCACCUACACUCACAUCCACAGCAUCAUUUACCGAGGUCACGUCUUCUGGUAAUGAUGCGCAUAGCCAUUCUGAUAGGCAGAACCUUCAAACGUCUGGCUCGCCCUUCGGCUCCAUUUCUCUUGCUAUUGGAUAUUUUUCAGGGUUCAUUGGCGGGUUCCGAUCGUCAUCUCGCAUGUUCCUCCCGGAGAUAUCUUCGCUACAAACACAAGUCACAGAUCUGCAGAGAUCCCUGACUGCCGCAGGAAAUGCUCUUGAUGCGGCAAACGGGAACACCCAAGCAUCACAAGAGCGAUGCUUAGGCAUCCUCGAAGAUCUCCGCAAUGCCCACAACACCAUUACCGAACUCAAAGGUCGCGCUGAAACGGAUGCAGUUGAAAAGGCCAACUUGCUGCAAGAAGUUGGUCACCUCAAGAAUGAGGUGUCACGUUUGCAGAGUGGUGUGGAACAAAUAACCCGGCUUGCACGCGGGUUGAUGCCGCUGUAGUAGUAAGUUAAUUUUCAGUUGCUUGGUCUAGGCCACGGGUUUGACUUGACGAGAAAUCACAUGUAAAUUUAACGACUUCAUGAUAUGUACUACUAGCUUAGGACAGCAAAUACCAUGUUGAUACCCAAAUCACACUAGUUUCAUGCUU